AAUAUCUAUUGAGUUUAGUUGUGCCCUCCCUGAAAUCCUUCUCAAAAGGAAACUCCUUUUUCCACUCCUAUAAUCUCGAAUUCUUUUUUUUUUUUUUUAUAUUUCUUUGUGGACCACUUUUUCAUUUUUAAUUAAUCUCCAAGGCCUACAAUAGGGAACGCCACUACCCUGUAGAGUGGCGGUUUUUGUCUAUAUGGUCAUUCUUCUUAUGUGCAAAUGGUAGCUCAAGGACCUAUAUAUAUGUAUGUAUGUGUACCCUUGUGGUGACUUCUAUUGAAGCAAGGUGUUACUAUCUUCAAGUCUCUUGUGUGAGUUGAGUUUGGAGUGGGAGCACCAAUGGCUUUGUUCAUGGCAAUUCUCGGUGUGGUCUUGGUGCUCUGUUUUUGCUCUGCUCUCUUGAAAUGGAAUGAAGUGAGGUAUAGGAGGAAAGGUUUGCCUCCAGGCACAAUGGGGUGGCCUGUUUUUGGAGAGACAACUGAGUUUCUUAAGCAAGGUCCAAACUUCAUGAAAAACCAAAGGACAAGGUAUGGCAGUUUGUUUAAAUCCCACAUACUGGGUUGCCCUACCAUUGUAUCCAUGGAUCCGGAGCUUAAUAGAUACAUACUCAUGAAUGAAGCAAAAGGGCUUGUUCCCGGGUACCCACAAUCCAUGUUAGAUAUCUUAGGCAAAUGCAAUAUUGCAGCUGUUCAUGGCUCCACUCAUAAGUACAUGAGAGGGGCACUGCUUUCAAUCAUUAGUCCCACACUGAUAAGAGAUCAGCUUUUACCAAAAGUUGAUGAGUUCAUGAGAAUCCACUUGAGUGAUUGGGAUAACAAAGUCAUCAACAUUCAAGAGAAAACUAAAGAGAUGGCAUUUCUCUCUUCCCUGAAACAGAUUGCUGGUAUGGAAUCCAGCUCAAUAUCUCAGCCAUUCAUGAAUGAGUUCUUUAAGCUAGUCUUAGGAACUCUCUCUCUGCCUAUUGACCUUCCCGGCACCAAUUAUCGCCGUGGAUUACAGGCAAGGAAGAGUAUUAUCAGCAUUCUGAGUCAGCUGCUAGAGGAAAGGAAAGCAUCCCAAGAUGGGCACGUGGACAUGCUUGGUUGCUUGAUGAGAAGAGAUGAAAAUCGGUACAAACUGACUGAUGAGGAAAUCAUUGAUCUAAUUAUUACAAUUAUGUAUUCUGGUUAUGAAACUGUUUCAACUACAUCAAUGAUGGCCGUGAAGUACCUCCAUGACCAUCCCAAAGUUCUUGAAGAAAUCAGAAAAGAGCAUUUUGCCAUAAGAGAGAGGAAAAAACCGGAGGAUCCAAUUGACUGUAAUGAUCUCAAGUCAAUGAGGUUUACUCGUGCGGUGAUUUUUGAGACCUCGAGAUUAGCUACAAUAGUUAAUGGGGUUCUGAGAAAAACAACCCACGACAUGGAACUAAACGGCUAUUUGAUUCCUAAAGGGUGGAGAAUAUAUGUAUAUACAAGAGAGAUAAAUUAUGAUCCAUUUCUGUAUCAUGAUCCACUAACAUUCAACCCUUGGAGAUGGCUGGGUAACAGUCUAGAGUCACAAAGCCACUUCUUGAUAUUUGGAGGAGGCACCAGACAAUGUCCAGGGAAGGAGUUGGGCAUAGCAGAAAUUUCCACUUUCUUACACUACUUUGUAACUAGAUAUAGGUGGGAAGAAGUAGGAGGAGAUAAAUUAAUGAAAUUUCCUAGAGUUGUGGCACCAAAUGGACUGCACAUAAGGGUCUCAUCUUACUAACUAGGUUUUGUGUAUGUACAGUAAUGAGAUAUAGCAAAUAGUAGGGUUUUUUUUUGUAAGAUAAUGUCUAACAGAGUAGAAAAUUCAACGGAAUUAGCUUCUUUCUCGUCCUUUUGCGUGUUUCCCUCUUCUUUUUGCACCAUUUAAGACCCUUUACU